CUGAAAUGUGGAGUCGGAGACAUUAUACUGAUGUGGUGCUUUGGGGGUGCCCUCUUUCUUGUAGGAUUAGGAUACAUUGUUUAUCAUUAUUGGUGACACUAAAUUCUUGUUUACCUAAAUUUUAUAAAAACCUAUUUCGUAUUUUUCUGAGCGAGCAACACUGCACGCCAAACGUCAAAAAAUUAUGAAAGAAAAAAUAUUGAAAAGGCGAUCUUCGACGACAUUGUUUUCAAAAAUCAAGAAGACGAAAAAGAGUUCCACAGUAAUUAAUGCAACUCGAAUGUGUAUUUAAAAUUAGCAUGUGAUUGUGUCCGCCUGCUAUCCGAAUAACGAGACAAUGGAUAGCGGGGACAGGAUUUUGGUGGCCGCGGGGCUGACCGCCGCGGUGGUGGUGGGUGCGUUCGUGCUGUGGGGUCCAGGGGGUGCUCCGAAGAUGCGGAAGCGGCGCGGGCAGAUAGCGGGGCUCCAGAACCUGGGCCGGACGUGCUUCUUGAACACGCUGCUGCAGGCGCUGGCGGCCUGUCCGUUGUUCAUCGACUGGCUGAAGAAGUACGCGAAGGCCGACAGCCACAACAGCAUGAUUACCACUCUCUACACCGUCAUCGAAGUUGUGAAUGGGACUCACGAGGCGGCCCGCGGCACACCGGUAUGUCCCCUGGGCGUGCUGCAAGCCCUGAGGGCAGCAGGCUGGGUGGUGCCGGCCGACCAACAGGACGCACAUGAGCUGCUGCAUGUGCUGCUCUCCUGCAUCGAGGAGGAGACCAUUGCCAUGUCGAAGAAGCCGGGCUGCCUCUCCGACGCUCUCGGCCUCGGCGGCGGGCGCGCCUGGUCGGCCCUCGCGUCCCCCGCGUCCCCGCCCGCCGCCGGCCCGGGGGGCGCCCGCGCGGACUCCACGCCCCCGACCCCCGGCACCGUGUCCACGAGGCCUCAGUCUGCAGCCGGCGACGAGCCUGCUCUAGCGGACCCGGAGCCAGAGGAGGCGCCCCCGCCGCGGCGGCUGGCCAAGGGCGUGUCCCGCUCGUUCUGCCACCUGAGCUCCGUGGGGCGGCGCUGGGUGCCCGCGGCCCCGGCGAGGCCUGCGCCCGCGCCGCCCUUCCGCGGCACGCUCGCCUCCCGUCUGCAGUGCACCGUGUGCGGCACCAAGAGUCCGAUCCGGUACGACAAAUUUGACAGCAUCUCACUAUCAAUGGCAAACGCCGCCAUUGGUAACACAGGCACCUAUAGUCUCGCUGGGCUGCUCCGUGCGUUUACGGCUCCGGAGAUGGUAAAAGGUGUCCGCUGUAACAAAUGCUCGCCCGACACGCCGCUCAACACGCAACACAUCCGUACCGUCAACUUUGGAAAGUUACCAGCCUGCCUGUGCCUGCACAUCGGGCGGGUGGAGUGGGCGGGCGGCGCGCUGUGCAAGCGCACGGAGCUGGUGGCGUUCCCCGAGACCGUGGCCAUGGCGCCCUACACGCAGGCCCCGCCGCCCAAGACGGAGCUAGUCUCGCUGAUGAGCGGCGGGCGGCUGCGCGCGGCGGACGCCGAGCAAAGCGAGGGGUCUUCCCGCGCGCUGUACCGGCUGGCGGCCGUGGUGGUGCACGUGGGCGGGCCCCGGUCCGGGCACUUCGCCACCUACCGCCGGGGGAACGGGUUCGAAGCCCGCAGAUGGUGGUACACCUCCGACACCCUGGUGCACGAGGUGUCCCUCUCGGAGGUGCUGCGCUGCGCGGCCUACAUGUUGUUCUACGAGCGCGCGCCCACGCACACCACGCACACCACGCACACGCACACACACGCGCCGAGCACGCCGGCGCACGAGGCGCACGCGCAGCCCGCCUCGCUCGAUGCGAAUACGCAUCAUAUAUGA